UAUUUCCUCUGCUGAUCUCCGCUGUCGGGCCAAGUGCGGUUGAUCACAGAGUCGGCUUUGUGGUGAGCGAGGGGCUGCUGUCCCAGGCUGGGAGGAGUGGUCGGCCAUGGUGAGCGAGGGGCUGCUGUCCCCAGACUGGGAGGACCAGUCGGCUGAGCCGGAGUCAGAAACCCAGUGAGGAGACUGUGAGAGUUCAUUGCAUGAAGUUAUGAAGAUGAAGCCUGUGUUGUAUUUUGAGACCAUUGGAUGUUGAGAGACCCAAGCUAUAAGACAUCUGCCAUGGACCCCUGCAUACAGAAUACAGUAACCUAUGAUGAUGUGCAUAUAGAUUUCACUUGGGAAGAGUGGACUUUGCUAGAUCCCUCCCAGAGGAAUCUCUACAAAGAUGUGAUGGUGGAGACUUACACUAACCUCACUGCUGUAGGCUACAGUUGGGAAGACCAUAAUAUGGAAGAACAUUGUCAAAGUUCUCAAAGACAGAAAAGGUACAAAAGAAGUAAUACUGGAGAGAAGCCCUGUGAAUAUACUCAAUGUGUUAAGUCCGUUGCAUAUCACAGUAGUCUCCAAAUACACAAAGGAACACAUACUGAAGAAAAACCUUAUGAAUGUAAUCAGUGUGGUAAAGCCUUUGCACAUCAUAGUCAUCUUCAGAUACAUAAAAGAACACAUACUAGAGAGAAACCUUAUGAAUGUAAUCAAUGUGGUAAUGCCUUUGCAUUUCAUAGUCUUCUUCAAAUACAUAGGAGAAAACAUGCUGGAGAGACACCCCACAAAUGUAAUCAAUGGAUUAAAGCCUUUUCACAACACAGUUAUUUCCAAAUACAUAAAAGAACACAUACUGUAGAAAAACCCUAUGAAUGUAAUCCGUGUGGUAAAGCCUUUGCAUAUCAGAAUAUUUUUCAAGAGCAUGAAAUAUUUCAUAUUGAAGCAAAACUCUAUGAAGGUAUUCAGUAUGGUGAAUCUUUUGCACAUCAUAGUCAUCUCAAAAUAUGUAAAGAAACACAUACUGGAAAGAAACCCUAUGAAUGUAACCAAUUUAGUAAAGUCUUUGCACAUUGUAGUCAUCUUCAAACACAUAGUGGAGAGAAACCUUAUGAAUGUAAUCAAUGUGGUAAAACCUUUGCAAGAGACAGUCAUCUUCAAAUACAUAAAAGAACACAUACUAGAGAGAAACCUUAUGAAUGUGAUCAAUGUGGUAAAACCUUUGUACAUCACACUUAUCUUCAAAUACAUAAAAGAACACAUACUGGAGAGAAACCUUAUGAAUGUAAUCAAUGUGGUAAAACCUUUGCAUAUCAAAAUAUUCUUCGAAGGCAUGAAAGAAUUCAUACUGAAGUGAGACCACAUGAAGGUAUUCAAUAUUGUGAAGCUUUUGCUCAUCACAGUCAUCUCAGAAUACAUAAAAAAACAUAUACUAGAAAGAAACCCUAUGAAUGUAAUCAAUGUGGUAAAGCCUUUGCACGUCGUGUUCAUCUUCAAACACAUGAAAGAUCACAUAGUGGAGAGAAACCUUAUGAAUGUGAUCAAUGUGGUAAAACCUUUGCAAAUGACUAUCAUCUUCGAAUACAUAAAAGAAUACAUACUGGAGAAAAACCUUAUGAAUGUGAUCAGUGUAGUAAAACCUUUGCACGUCAUAGUCAUCUUCAAAUACAUAAAAGAACACAUACUGGAGAGAAACCCUACAAAUGUAAUCAGUGUGAUAAAUCCUAUUCACAACACAGUUAUCUCCAAAUACAUGAAAGAACACAUACUGGAGAGAAACCUUAUGAAUGUAUUCAAUGUGGUAAAGCCUUUGUAAGUCAGCGUAGACUCCAAAUACAUAAAAGAAUGCAUACUGGUGAGAAACCCUAUGAAUGUAAGCAGUGUGAUAAAGCCUUUUCCUGUCACAGUAAUUUUCAAAGGCAUAAAAAAAUACAUACUAGAGAAAAAUCCUAUCAAUGUAAUCAAUGUGGUAAAGCUUUUGUACAUUGCAGUAGUCUCCAAAUACAUAAAAGAACACAUAGUGGUGAGAAACCCUAUGAAUGCAAUCAAUGUGGUAAGGCCUUUGCAUGUCAUAGUCAUCUUCGAAUACAUAAAAGAACACAUACUGGAGAGAAACCUUAUGAAUGUAAAUAUUGUGGGAAAGCUUUUGUAAGUCACAGUAAUCUUCAAAGACAUGAAAGAGUUCAUACUGGAGAAAACAAUAUUUCUAUUGUUUUCAGCAUCAUGAAAUAAUUCUUAUUGGAGAGAAACCCUGUGAACACUAACAAUGUGGUAAAGCCUUUGCAUAUCAUAGUUAUCUCUGAAGGCAGAAAAUGAGACAUACUAGAGAAAUCUUAUGAAUGUACUCAUUGUGGUAAAGCCUUUGAAUGUCAUAGUCAUCGUCAAAUACCUAAGAGAAUAAAUACCAGACAGAAAGCCUACAAAUGUAAUCAAUAUGCUUUUCACAAUAUUGUUAUUUCCAAAUACAUAAAAUAACACAUACCGGGGAGGAACUCUAUGAAUAGAAGCAGUGUAGUAAAGCCUUUGCAUGUGACAGUAGUCUCCGAAUACAUAAAAGAAAACAUUACUGGGAAGAAACCCUUUGAAUGUAAGGUAAGCAGUACAACCUUUGUAUGUGUAAGUAGUCCUUGAAGUCAUGAGAAAAAAAAUCAUAUGCAGAGAAACCCUAUUAAUAGUCAGUGUGUUUAAAUUUUGCACUUCAUGGUAGUCUUUCUGUUACAUGAAGCAAUUCCUGGUUAAAAACAAAAAAACUAUAAGCCUUUAGAUGCCUAACACCUGUUACAGAAAUGAAUGCAGGAAUGAAGAAAAACAUUGUUUUAAUUUUAAUUAUGUGAUGUCUGUGUAUCUUAUGUGGGGAUGUGCAUGUAAAUGCUGGUUCCCAAGAAGUUUAGACCCUUGGACAUUCUUGUAGCAGGAAUUACAGGAAGUCAUCAAAAACCUGACCUUGGUCCCUGGAAUGAACUUUGUCAUUGCUUGGCCAUAUCUCUAUUCCUGUAAAUAUUUUAAAGCUUCAUAUAUCAUCUUGAUGGUAGGAAAUAUGAAAGAACUUGUAUAAGAGAAAUCCUAUUCAUGUAAAUAAUUUGGUAAAGACUUUAGGCAUCACAGUUGUCUGUAGUUUAUAGAAAAAAAAUUGUUUCAUCUCUUUUUCAUCAUAGACAUGAAGCAAGUAAGUUAUUUACCAUGUUUACCCAAGACCGUGGAGAUCCCUACAUUGUAGUUUCUAUUUUGAAACAUUUGAAAACAUUGAUAUUAAAGUUUGCUUUAUGAGUGACAAAUCUAUUUAAUAAAGUUUAUAUUUCUUCUGUG